ACACACAAUAAAUUCUUCAAACUCGAGCUAUGUUUCGAUACAAUUUUACACGCAAGGCUGUGAUUUGUGCCAUCGUUCUGCUGCUGGUCUUGACACUCUAUUACUACAUUUGCGAUCCAUCAAGGAAAGCAGAUGUUGAGCCAACAACUCGCUUGGAUUUGGCAGAAAUUAACAGAUCGCACCCCAGAGAAUUUCCAGCCAAACCCCUUUUGGAUCUGCCAACAUCUACCAGCGAAAAGAUAGAGGAAAAACCCGAAAAUGUUGCCGAAAAGUUCUUUGUGUUUAGUCCCAAGUGCAAGAUACCCUAUGUGGAUGCACUAUCCAAAGAGUUUCAAGAGUUGGCAGUGCCAAUGCCCUAUAAGGAAUGCACAACAGAUCCGGAUUUGUUCAGCGUUAGCUACAAUCGCGAAAAGCGGCACUACACAUUGCACCUGCAUCACGAACUGAUGAAGACUCACUUUUCCAACUACACGGCUUAUGCAUGCUUCUAUUAUGAGACAGUGGCGGGCACUAAUGAUACAUUUGCCAUGGCCCGUCAUGCUGAACUCUUUGACAGUGAUUUUGUUGUUCCGCGACACUUUUUGGGCUUGGUUGCCAGUUGCAAUGACAUCAAUAACGUCUCGAGAGUGGUGCAGGCCGAUGCCUUUUGCUUUGCCCAAUAUCCGGAGAAUCGCAACGAAACGAAUGAUGAGGGGCGCGCAAAGGACCAUCCGAAUGUCCUGCUCUUUGGCAUCGACAGCAUGUCCCGCAUGAACUUCCAUCGCACAAUGCCGCUCACCUCGAAGUUUGUGCGUCGCGCAGGCUGGUACGAGAUGGAGGGCUACAAUAAGGUGGGGGACAACACUUUGCCCAAUCUGGUGGCCGUGCUGACGGGUCGCAGUCCCAAGCAAUGGGCAAAGAGCUGCAACUUGAAGACUCCCGGCUGCUUCAACUACAUUCCCUUUUUGUGGGAUCACUUUCACAAUGCGGGCUACAUGACGGCCUAUGCGGAGGACCUGCCCUCGAUAUCGACAUUCAACUAUUUGAAGGCGGGCUUUGUACGCAAGCCGGUGGACUUUUAUCUGCGCCCCUUCCUCAUGGUCCUCGAGCAUGUGCUCAAGUCGAUGGAGUAUCUGGGCUACAAAUACUGCCUGGGCCGCAGGCACAGCUACAGCUAUGUCUUUGACUAUGCCAAGCAGCUGAUCCAGCGCUUUGUUCACGAGUCCCCAAAGCCGCUGUUUGGUCUAUUCUGGACGAGCAGUUUAACCCACGACGACCACAGCGGUGGCGCCAAUCUGGAUGCGAGUUUCGUCAGCUACUUGGAGCAGUACAAGGAGCUCGGGCUGUUUGACAAUUCCAUUGUCAUAUUGUUCAGCGAUCAUGGGGCGAGGUAUGGCGCUUUGGCGAAUCAUGCCUCGGGCUUUCUCGAGGAGCGUCUGCCCAUGAUGCACAUUUAUCUGCCGCCCUCGUAUAGUCGCGCCUACCCAAAGGCGGCGCGCGCCCUGAAGCUAAACCGGAAUCGUCUUACCUCCAACUUCGAUCUGUAUCUGGGCAUCAGGUCCAUUGUGGAGCAGCUACGUCCAGGCAUAGACUUUAUGAAGACCUAUUCCUGCCUCGGCUGCCGUUCCAUCUUUCGAGUGGUGCCCCGCAACAGAGGCUGCCGUGAUGCCAAUAUUCCCAUCCACUGGUGCGCCUGCGAGACCUUCGUGCCAGUGUCCAUCACGGGUCUGGCCGCCACACUGGGCCGACUUGUUGUCUAUCGGAUGAACAAGUAUAUGGCAAAGCUGAAUCUGGACACCGACUGCCACAAAUUGUACGUCAGCAAUAUACUGAAAGCCAAGCGCCAGCUGCACUUUAAUAGCGCCGGCGUUGAAGUUGGUCCGACCAAUGGCAUGGAGACAUUUCAAUUGGAAUUCACCACCUUACCGAAUGAUGGAAAAUUUCGAUGCCAUGUUAGCUGUAAGGGUAACGCAGAGAAUGUGAAUGUUGAACUGGAGGAGAUAAGUCGACUGAACUCCUAUCGCAAUGAAUCGUAUUGUGUGGAGGAUUUGCUGGCCAAGAAAAUGUGUGUCUGCCACGAGAGGACCCCCAAUGUAGUCGAUUUGCUUGACGUUGAUGUCUACACAAACAAAAAGAGAAAAGUGCGCUAUGGCUGGCUGGAGGAUCGAGAGGACGAGUAUGAUGAGUCGAAUGAGGAGUUCGUCAACGCUAGCCUCAAGCUUAAUGUUUGAUUUCAUUAUCAAAAAUCACAGCAUCCCUUCCCUCACCAAUCACCCAACAAAA